GUCGCGCGCUCCUCCUCCCCCCCCUCCCGCCUCAUUGGCCGCCUGGGCCACGAGAGCUGCCUCUCACCGCGUCGCCCCCUCGGCCCUUCCACACCAUUGGCUGCGCCGAGUGCCCGCCCCUUCCCCGCCCCGGAAGCGCCUUCCUAUUGGCCAGCUGUCUGGGAGGUCAAGAGCCGGCCGGCCGGCCGCCUGUCACCCAAAAUGGCGGAGGUCAUGUGUGGAGGGGCCUCCUGAAGCGGCGGCCCAUGGCCUUGGCCAGGGCCCAGGCGGGCCUCAGGCUCAGGGGGGUCGCUCUCCUGUGGGCGCCCGGUGGGGCCCUCGGGGUCAGAUCCAGGGCGGGACCCCUCGCCCUCUGCCUCCCGCCCAGGGCGGCCCCCUUCCCCUUCUCCCUCAGGUACUCAGGGGGGUCUGGCCAGGCUGGUGCUGGUGCUGCAGGGGGAGGCCCUGCCCUCCCUGCCCGCCCGAAGGGCCUGUACGAGCUGCUGAGGGUGCCCUCCAACGCCACGCAGGCCCAGAUCAAGUCGGCCUACUACAAGCAGUCCUUCCUGUACCACCCUGACCACAACGCGGGCAGCGAGGCGGCGGCCAGGCGCUUCACCCUCAUCAACGAGGCCUACCUGGUGCUGGGCAGCGUCGCCCUACGCAGGAAGUACGACCGCGGCAUCCUCAGCCGGGAGGAUCUGCGCACGGCCGGGAAGCCCUCGGGCAAGGAGAGCAGUGGUGUGGCACCCACAGCGGCCACGGGGAGGAGGACGCAGACUUAUGCCUCCACCCACCGCUCCGACAAGCCCAUCUUUGACUUCGACGAGUUCUACAGAGCCCACUACGGCCAGCAGUUGGAGCGGGAGCGCUGGAUCCGGGAGAUGCGGCAAGAGCUAGAGAGGCGCAAGAUGGAGGACAAGAGGGGGAAGCUGGGGGUGCUUCAGGAGGUGGUGAUCGCCGGCCUGUUCAUGGUGGCAAUAGGCAUCCUCUUCAGCUUCAAGUGAGCAGGGAGGGGGAAAGGUGACUUGCUAAAUGGCUUGCACUUGCCCCUUCCUGUGGAAAAGCUGGAUCUUCUGGAGCAAGCAGGCUCAGCAGCAGUGGCGAGGGAAAUGGCAUCACCUCCAAAGGGCACUCGGUAGUGACUGGCUUCACAGGGUGCAAAGCAGGUCUCGAGAAGGCUGGUGUCGCCUCCCAUCAGGUCCAGACUUGGGGGAAACUUUCACUUCAGUCAUGUGCUCAUUAAUCAUCCAGAGACCAUAAUGCAAAAUUUCUGAAGGAUUUGGAUUGUUGCCAAGACCCUGGACAUGUCGUGCUAGAAAGCGAGUCUUCCGAUGCCAAUUAUAUUUCUUUUUUUAAAAAAAAAGGUGUUUCAUUUUGCCUUAGAAAGCCCAGUCCUGCCAUACAGUUAUUGCUGGUUUGGAUUCAGUUUCCUCAGCUGGUUCGUUUCAAUUAAAACAUGAGUGGGCGUAAUCUCCCACACCUAAUUGCACUUUGAGCAGACAUGAAUGGUAUUUAUUAGUGUCAAUACAUGAAACACAGUGUUACCGUUAGUAGAUGCCACUUCUGUAACUUGAAAUUCUCCCUUCCUCUGGGUGUGUGUGGGGGGCAGGCGGUUUAAGUCUAUUUUUCCUUCCUUUCAUAAAGGAAUUUUUGCUGCAUUUGUCCACGCUGAGUCUGUUGUUGGGAUUUCCCCUGCAUUUGGGCCCAAAAACUGCUUCAGGAUACAAAGGAGCAAUGCUUAGACACUUGUUAGCAAAUCUCUUUUGAUAAAGGAAACACUUCAGGAGAAGAGUCUUCAUCUAGGCAGUUAGCGGUACCUUCCAGUGAGGGUGUCUUGGGAAUUGUGUCCCCUUUCAAUCUCUUAUGGGGUAAACUGUAGACAUCAGUCUUGCAGUUUGGAACGUAAUGGCGUCGCCAUGAUGAUUUGAUCUGUGUAUAUACAAGGGAUUAAAACAAAUAAUGUGAAUGAGUUUUAUUUUAAUAUAUAAAGAUACAAAGAAUCAAUUUAGAA